UAUUGAUCUUAAACCCACUACUAUUCUAAGACCAUAUGAAGUAUUUAUUGUCUAUAUAAUACAUUUAUUAUUAUUAUAUUAUAAUUAUUUUUUUUAAUUUUUGUUAGGAGAGAAGAUGUUUGGUAAUGGAAGAGCAAGGUCGGGGGUAAUAGUACUACCUUGUGCUGUGGCAGUAGAACAGUGGUGGUCUCAGUUCAAGUUAUGGUCCAAUAUUGAUAUGAGUGUGGUCUGUAGGUUCACAUCUGAUGCUAAAGACAAACCAUCACCUAACACCAGUAUUGCUAUCAGUACUUAUUCAAUGGUAUCAUACACUCAGAAGAGAGCAUGGGACUCACAACAAGUAAUGGACUUCUUACAGAAUAGAGAAUGGGGACUGAUGAUAUUAGAUGAAGUUCAGACUAUUCCUGCUGAUAAAUUUAGACGUGUACUCUCAGCUGUACAGGCUCACUGUAAGUUAGGACUAACAGCUACUCUAGUGAGAGAAGACGAUAAAAUACAAGACCUCAAUUUCCUGAUUGGUCCUAAGCUGUACGAGGCCAAUUGGAUGGAGUUACAGAACCUCGGGUUUAUAGCUAGGGUCCAGUGUGCAGAGGUUUGGUGCCCAAUGACUCCUGAGUUUUAUGCUGAAUAUAUUCGAAUUAAAACCAGAAAAAGAAAAUUACUGUAUGUCAUGAAUCCAAACAAGUUCAGAAUAUGUCAAUUUUUAAUGAGAUACCAUGAGAGGCGUAAUGAUAAAAUUAUGAUAUUUUCUGAUAUGGUUUUUCCCCUCCGUACUUAUGCUAUGAAGCUGGAUAGACCAUUCAUUGAUGGUCAGACUCCACAGAAGGAAAGAAUGAAGAUACUUAAAAACUUUAGACACAAUCCUCAAGUUAACACAAUAUUUAUAUCUAAAGUUGGUGACAAUUCAUUUGAUCUUCCUGAUGCUAAUGUACUCAUAUAA